GCUUGAUAUAUUGUGAAGGAAAAUUUAAUUUUUAUUACUCAGAAUAGUUUAUAAAAAUAAUACGUCAAUGUCUCUAUUGCGUGUAGGAAGAGCUUUCAAAUAAAGUUAUUGGAAUAAAGAUAUAAAUAGAAUAAAAGAAACUAAGUGAGAUAUAAUAUUCGAAAUAUAAAAUAAAAUAUUUUUUGUUACACUAUAAACCGCUUAUACAUUAUAAUAAAUAGGCGCAACGACAUGCAUCACAACUCAAUAAAUAAACUCGUGUUGAUACUGAGAUUUAUCGGAAUUUGGCCAGUAGAAUCAACAGUCAGAAGUUAUAAAUUAUUAAAUUUAAUUUUCCGUUUAUUUAAUCUCACUAUAAUUGUGUUAUUGAUGUUGCUUACAAUAGCCGAUGCAAUUGCUAAUUUCAACGAUAUGUCACUUAUUACAGAUAAUUUGUGUUUUUUUGUCGGAUGUACAGAAGCAUUAACAAAGGGACUCAAAUAUUGCUUUGAGUACAAAAAUAUUGUGAAACUUAUUAACGAUAUUUACAGACCGAUUGACAUAAUUAAUAAUAAAAAUAAUAUCGAAGUUAUGAAAGUUAUUAAAGAGACCGCACGUUUUGAACAUCGUCAAUUUGUUUUUGUGAUUGGAACAUUAACAUUGUUAUAUUUUGCACGAGUUUUGGGUGCUGACUUCAAGAACAAAGAAUUUCCAAUACGCGCUUUGUUUCCAUUUGACGCAACAGUCUCACCUUAUUAUCACUUGAUAUAUUUAUUAAUAACUUAUGGUGUUUUCCUUGUCGACUACUCAAUAUUUGGAGUUGACAUGGUGGUCGUGGUAAUAAUGAGAUAUUUAACUAUUCAAAUCGACAUAUUGAGAGCUAAUUGCAGGCAUUGUGAUAUUAAGUCAACUGGACGCAAUAUUGUAAUUAACAGUUAUGAUGAUAAGAAUAAUGAAGGCACAGAGAUUCAUAAUUUCGUUGAGUUUGAAUUACAACACGAGGAUAUCGACAAUGACGAUAGCUUUGAUAAAAGAUUAAAGAAAUGUAUCAUACAACAUCAUAAAAUAAUUAGGAUGUUGACUCUACUCAAUGGCUGCUUCAGUUUUUGUGUAGUAGUCCAAAUUAUGAGCACUACUGCAUUUAUAUGUUUGAACGGAUUUCAAAUUAUAGCAGGGAAUGAUAUUCAUCUAUUAAUGAGAAGAAUUUUAGCAAGCAUGGCGGCUAUAAUCCAACUAUCAUUCUGGUGCUGGUAUGGAAAUAAACUGAGCGCUGCAGCGGAUUCAUUGACGAUGAAUUUCUGGAUGUGCGGUUGGGAAGAUAAUUACAAACAUGGAUUACGUAAUUUUAUGUCUAUACCAAUGACGCUGUCAUUACGGUCAUUAGAACUUCGAGCGAUUGGGGUUGUUCCUUUAUCACUCCAAACAUUUGUUUCAGCUAUGAAAACGUCGUACUCAGUAUUGAUACUUCUACUUACCGUAGCCAAGGAUUAGCAAUCUGCUAACUUAUAUUGCAUGCCUUAAGCGCGAGCGUAGGUAUGCUCUACUCUCGCCUAAAAAUUAAAAACUGGGUUCCGUCAGAGUUUUUUUUAAAUAAAUAAUAAUAUGGUGGUUAAAGUAGGUCAGCCUUCAUACCACAAUUAAAGAAAACAUCAAUGGUCAUUUUUCUAAACAAUAAACAGCUGGUC